UUUUGCAUUUGUCACAGUGCUGUUGUGCAGAGGACCCCGAUUUAGGAAACGUGAAUAAAAGUAUUCCUUAGUUCAAUCCCCCCCUGGUCUGAGCAACACAAUGGCACCGGACAAGAAGCAAAAAGGCCGCAACAAGAAAAGCAUCCCGGUAACGAAGAAGGAUGACAAGAAGGAUGUGAACGGCACGAACGGUGCCACCGCCGAAAUGACCGAAGAAGAGGCACUGUGCGCCAAGUUGGACGAAGAGGCACGGAUCAACGCGGAAGCGCGUGCCUGCACCGGUUCGCUGGCCGUGCAUCCGCGUUCGCGUGAUAUUAAAUUUUCCAACUUCUCGAUCACGUUCUUCGGUAGCGAGAUGCUACAGGACACCAUGCUCGAGCUGAACUGUGGCCGAAGGUACGGUCUGCUCGGUGCGAACGGUUGCGGCAAGUCCUCGCUGCUGUCGGUCCUCGGAAACCGCGAGGUGGCCAUCCCGGACCACAUCGACAUCUUUCAUCUGACGCGUGAAAUCCCCGCCAGCUCGAAGAGCGCGCUGCAGUGCGUGAUGGAGGUGGACGAGGAGCGCAUCAAGCUGGAGAAGAUGGCCGACGCGCUCGCCGACCAGGAGGACGACGAGGCGCAGGAGCAGCUGAUGGACAUCUACGAUCGGCUGGACGAAAUGUCAGCCGAUCAGGCGGAGGCGAAGGCGUCCCGCAUCCUGCACGGUUUGGGCUUCUCGAAGGAGAUGCAGGCCAAGGCGGCGAAGGACUUUUCCGGUGGGUGGCGUAUGCGAAUCGCGCUCGCCCGAGCGCUGUACGUGAAGCCGCACCUGCUGCUGCUCGAUGAGCCGACCAACCAUCUCGAUCUGGACGCGUGCGUGUGGUUGGAGGAGGAGUUGAAGACCUACAAACGAAUUCUGGUGAUCAUCUCGCACUCGCAGGACUUCCUGAACGGUGUGUGCACGAACAUCAUCCACAUGACGCAGAAGAGGCUCAAGUACUACACCGGUAACUACGAACAGUUCGUCAAGACGCGCAUGGAGCUGCUGGAAAACCAGAUGAAACAGUACAACUGGGAGCAGGACCAGAUCGCACACAUGAAGAACUACAUCGCCCGGUUUGGACACGGUUCGGCUAAGUUGGCCCGGCAGGCGCAGUCGAAGGAGAAGACACUCGCCAAAAUGGUGGCCCAGGGCCUCACCGAGAAGGCCGUGGACGACAAGCAGUUGAACUUCUGUUUCCCCUCGUGCGGUACCAUUCCGCCGCCCGUGAUCAUGGUGCAGAACGUUAGCUUCCGGUACAACGACAAGACACCAUACAUCUAUAAAAAUCUCGAGUUUGGCAUCGAUCUGGACACGCGGCUUGCGCUGGUCGGGCCAAACGGUGCGGGCAAGAGUACGCUGCUGAAGCUGCUCUACGGUGAUCUGGUACCGACGUCGGGCAUGAUCCGCAAGAAUUCCCAUCUGCGCAUCGCCCGGUACCACCAGCAUCUGCACGAGCUGCUCGACAUGGACACCAGCCCGAUCGACUACAUGCUGAAGUGUUUCCCGGAGGUGGUGGAGCGCGAGGAGAUGCGUAAGAUUAUCGGACGCUACGGGCUGACCGGGCGUCAACAGGUGUGCCCCAUCCGGCAGCUGUCCGACGGUCAGCGGUGCCGUGUGGUGUUUGCUUAUCUUGCCUGGAAGAAGCCGCACCUGCUGUUGCUGGACGAACCGACGAAUCACUUGGACAUGGAGACGAUCGAUGCCUUAGCCGAAGCGGUCAACGACUUCGAGGGUGGCCUGGUGCUGGUCAGUCACGACUUCCGGCUGAUCAACCAGGUCGCGGAGGAGAUUUGGGUGUGCGAGAAGGGCACGGUUACCAAGUGGAACGGUGGCAUUCUCGACUACAAGGAACACCUGAAGAAAAACAUUGCCAAGGAGGCCAAAGCGAGCCAGACCGCAUCCAAGUAAGGUGUGUCACGACAACGACACACGGUCAUGGCAUCCUAUCUUUCCCGCGUCAAGCAUGCCGCCCCUCCCAAGCGUUGGUGCAGUUGCUUUUCUUCUUUCCCACCCAACGACGAUACGGUGGUGUGUAGCAAGAGGCGGAUCGACAAUGGACACCUCCUACACCUUUCUGGAUGAUUUAAUUAUUGAAUGUUAGACUAACGGUGAAGGAACCUGAAUGACGCAUUUUCAUGAACCGUUAGACUUUCAUUCAUUCGACUCAACCUCACCCUAGAAGAGUAUAACCACAUAGAUACAAGGUCAGCGCGCCCCGAAAACCGCAGCAGUUUAAAAUGGAUCGCCACUGAGCAGAUAGUGAUAGGAACAAUUAUAAAAUUGCAACAAAUAACGACCACCCCUGCUAUAGAGAACCAAACACAGAGCCUUGAAGCAGAGUACACAGCUUAGGAAAUCGAAAACAGGAUUGCAUAAAAUUUGUAGUUGAACUAUUACGCCUCUCUUUCUCUCUCUCUGAGAUCGAUAUCUAUUAUCAAGUUUCUUUCCCUUUUCAAUGUCCUAUCGAUACAAUAACUUCUGACGCUCAUAACCGACUAUAAGGCGCAUAAUAGACGAGCCAGCAACAACACACGCAACAAAAGAAAUAAAAAGGAAAACAUAAGGUGCAACUCCCCACGACGCCUCAAAAAAAAAAAGAUGGUUCGUAUGAAGUACGUAUGUAAUUGGUAAUUUAUUAAACUAUGUAUUGCUCUACUGUGGUUUAUUUUUUAUCUACCUUGUAUACACAACAAUAAUAUAUGAUAUCGCAAUAAAAUGUAUCCGGAUUAUGGUUUGGUUUUCUUA